UCCUUCGGACGUUUCCUCAAGAUCUGCGACACAAACAAUGGACAUUUCCGACCAAAAAAAAGAAAGCACAAUGGACAUUAGUCAGGUUACCGAUCAUUCCUCAUCAUUGUCUGGACAGCCACCCUACGAAGUGUUCCUGAGUUUCAGAGGGGCAGACAUGCGCAGGGGCUUCGCGGAUUUCCUGUACACCAUGUUGAUUGAUGUUGGGAUUAGCGUCUUUAGGAACGAGGAAGAGCUGGAGAGAGGCAAAAUAAUCUACCCCCAGCUGAUCCAGGCGAUUAGGCAAUCCAAGAUAUCAAUACCCAUCAUCUCCAAGGAGUACGCGUCCAGCAAGAGCUGUCUCAUGGAAUUGGAGCAAAUGGUGGAGUGCAUGGACAAUAAGAAUGGCAUCAUCAUCCCCAUCUUUUACUAUGUCUACCCGUCGGAUGUAUGCAACUGCAGCGGCCCUUUUGAGAGGGCCUUGGAUGAGCUCCAGAAGCGCGCUCUCCGUCGGAUUGGAGACUUGAAGGGACAUUAUCUCAGCGAAAAAAGUGAUGAGAAUCAUGGCGAAGUCAUAAAGCAAAUUGUCCGCCAAGUUCAGCAGAAGCUGGAGAAGAAGGACCUAAUUGUGCCGGAACAAUUAGUUGGAGUCGACUCUCAUGUGCAAGGCAUAAUGGCAAAGCUGAAGGUUGACUACCGCAAUGGGCAAGCGGUUCAAAUUGGGGACACAAGUGUGAAGGUUUUAGGAAUAUAUGGCAUCCCCGGGGUGGGUAAGACGGUUCUGGCCAAAUAUGUUUAUAAUCAACUUCAUCAUCUGGUGGAUGCCUGUAGCUUUCUUGGGGAGAUCCAAGACAAAAUUAAUUGUCACGGCAUCGUGUCUGUGCAAAACAGACUAAUUUCUGACCUUGAUGAAGGCAAUGCCAAGAAGUUUGAUCGUUCUGAGGAAGCUCUGUCUCAUAUUCGGAAAAAAUUUCGCACCAUGAAGGUUCUUGUUCUCCUUGAUGAUAUAUAUAAUAAUGAACAGUUCAGUGCAUUAGUCGGAGAACUUGAUGGGCUUAGCCCGGGGAGCAGGGUCAUUCUAACAUCCCAAACACAAGACGUCCUUAGAAACAUCGAUGGUGCGGAAAGUUUUAUCCUUGAACCAAUGAAACAAGAUGAAGCUCUGAAAUUGUUUUGUAGGCAUGCUUUUGGAACAGAUUCACCCCAUCAGGAGUUCGAGAAACUGUCAACAGAUAUCGUUGCUGCUACUGGCUGGCUUCCUUUAGCGCUCGAGGUGACAGGUUCAUCUCUGUUUCUUGUAAAAUCAAAGAAAGCAUGGAUGGAAACAUUGACUGCAUUGGAAGUAGCUCCUCAUAAGUUAGUCCAAGCAGUGUUGGAGAAGAGCUACACCAAUCUUGAUAUGUUUCAACGGCAGAUAUUUCUUGAUAUAGCAUGCUUCUUCAUUGGAAUGGACAAGAGAAUCCCCUAUUACAUGUGGGAUGACUGUAAGUAUUCUCCUUCUAGAGCGAUUCGAGCUCUUCAUGCAAGGUCUUUAGUACAAAUUGGAGAGGAUAAAGAACUACUCAUGCAUGAUAUACUGAAGAAGUUUGGCCGGGAAAUUGUCAAGAAUGAAAACCGGUAUGAACCUUCUAAGCGCAGUAGGCUGUGCGAUCACGAAGAAGCACUGCAUGUACUAAAAAGAAGGAAGGGUACUGAGAAAGUCCAAGCCCUCGGGCUCGAGUUUGGUGACGGAUUUAAAGGGAAUAUCAGUUUUGAAUGUGAUCAAUUUGAUGGUUUACAGAACUUGAGGUUCCUCAAGCUGGAUCGGGCUGAUAUUCGUGGAAACUUUGGGGAUCGUCUUUCAAGCUUAAGGUGGCUUGAUUGGCAAGGGUGCCCUAAGGUUUUUGACGACCAUUUAAUUCUGACUUGGCAAAACCUGGUGAUUCUUGAUUUGUCGGGGAGUGAGGUUCACGGAGACUGGAGAGGUUGGGAGCUGCUUGUGCAGGCAAGGAAACUGAAAGUUUUAAAACUAACUGGUUGUGUCCAAUUGACUGUCACUCCAGAAUUUCCUGCUUCAAUGGAGCUGGAAAGACUUAUUCUGGAAGGUUGCUCUAAUUUAGCAGUUAUCGAUCCAUCAUUUGGUAAUAUGAUGAAGUUGGUUUCUUUGAAUAUGAAGCAAUGUAGUCUCCUUCGUGAAUUGCCAGAUUUGAGUCCCAUGAGAGACUUGAAAGAGCUGGUGAUUGAUGGAACUUCCGUUUCUUGGAUUGAUUUCCGAGAAGGUUCCAUGGGGAAGCUCAAAACCCUCAGUGCUCGCGAUUGUAAAAGCCUGACUCAGAUAUCCCAUUCGAUCGGGUACUUAAAGUCUCUCAAAUAUCUCGCUCUAGAUGGCUCUGGAAUCCAUACUCUCCCUGAGGCCAUCGGAUCGCUGGAGGAACUGAGAACACUGUCUCUGAAGAACUGCCAGAGGCUAUCUGAUCUUCCAAAUGGAAUAGGACAGCUCAGGUCACUCCAAUUUCUGGAUUUAUCUGACACUGUGAUUCAGGAGUUACCAGCGUCAGUGAAGGGUUUGAAAGCUAUGAAAGUGCUUAAGAUGAGGGGUACUUUCAUACAGGAGUUUCCUGAACCUAUACUGAAUUUGGAGAAGCUUGAAGAGAUAGAUUUCUCAUUAUGCCAGAGAUUAGGGGGGGAAAUCCACUUCGACAUUUGGAGAUUGUCGUCUUUGGCAAUCCUAAAGCUGUCCGCCACUCAGAUUUCUGGCCUACCUCCAAGUAUGUCCAAACUUUCUCGUCUCCGGGAACUCCACAUCUUCAGGUGCUCCAAUCUUCAGAGCCUACCCGAGCUGCCCUCUAGUUUGAUCAAUGUCUUGGGGUCUGAUGGCAAGCUCAUAAAGCAAAUUGGAAGCGCAGUUCCGCAGAAGCUGAAGGACGAGGAACCAAUCGUGUUGAAACGAUUAGUGGGAGUCGAUCCUCAUGUGCAAGGCAUAAUGGCAAAGCUGGAGGUUGACUACCGCAAUGGGCAAGCGGUUGAAAUUGGGGACACAAAUAAAAAGGUGUUAGGAAUAUAUGGGAUCCCCGGGGUGGGUAAGACGGUCCUGGCCAAAUAUGUUUAUAAUCAACUUUAUCAUCUGUUCGAUGCCUGUAGCUUUCUUGGGGAGAUCCAAAAAGAAAUUGAACAUCACGGCGUCCUGUCUGUGCAAGACAGACUGAUUUCUGACCUCCAUAAAGGAAAUGGCCCAAAGUUUGAUUGUUCUGACAAAGCUCUGAUAUAUAUUCAGAACAGGUUUUGCACCGUGAAGGUCCUCCUUCUCCUUGAUGAUGUUAAUGGUGAGGAACAGCUAAGCACUUUAGUCGGAAAGCUUGAUUGGCUUGGCCCAGGGAGCAAGGUCAUUCUGACAUCCCAAAGACAAGACGUCCUUGGAAACGUCAAUGGUGCGGAAAGUUAUGUCCUUGGACCGAUGAAGCAAGACGAUGCUCUGAAAUUAUUCUGUUGGCAUGCUUUUGGAACGGAUUCUCCCCAUGAGGAAUUCGAGAAUCUGUCAAAAGAUAUCGUUGCUGCAACUGGCGGGCUUCCUUUAGCGCUCACUGUGGCAGGUUCAUCUCUGUUUCUUGUGAAAUCGAAGAAAGCGUGGAGGGAAACAUUGACUGCAUUGGAAGUAGCUCCUCAUAAGAGAGUUCAAGCAGCCUUGGAGAAGACCUAUUCCAACCUAGAUGAGAAUGAACGGCAGAUAUUUCUUGAUAUAGCAUGCUUCUUCAUUGGAAUGGACAAGAGAAUCCCCUAUUACAUGUGGGAUGACUGUAAGUAUUCUCCUUCUAGAUCAAUUCGAGCUCUUCAUGCCAGGUCUUUGAUAGAAAUCGGAGAGGACAAAGAAUUACUCAUGCAUGAAAUACUGAAGAAGUUUGGCCAGGAAAUUGUCAAGAAUGAAAACCGGUAUGAACCUUUCAAGCGCAGUAGGCUGUGCGACCACGAAGAAGCACUGGAUGUACUAAAAGGAAGGAAGGGUACUGAGAAAGUUGAAGCCCUCAGGUUGGAGUUUGGUGACGGAACUGAAGGGAAUAUCUGUUUUAGAUGUGAUCACUUCAAAGGUUUACAGAACUUGAGGUUCCUCAAGCUGGAUCAGGCUGAUAUUGGGGGAAACUUUGGGGAUCAUUUUUCGAGCUUAAGGUGGCUUGAUUGGCAAUGGUGCCCUAAGAUUUUUGACGAUCAAUCGCUAAAUCUGAAUGUGCAAAACUUGGUGAUUCUUGAUUUGUCGGGGAGUCAGGUUGACAAAGACUGGAGAGGUUGGAAGGUGCUUGUGGAGGCAAAGAAACUGAAAGUUUUGAAACUAACUGGUUGUGUGCAAUUGACAGCCACUCCAGAAUUUCCUGCUUCAAUGGAGCUGGAAAGACUUAAUCUGGAAGGUUGCUCGAGCUUAGCAGUUAUCAAUCCAUCAUUUUGUAAUCUGACGAAGUUGGUUUCUUUGAACAUGAAGGGAUGCAGUCUCCUCUGUCAAUUGCCAGAUUUGGGUCCCAUGAGAGGCUUGAAAGAGCUGGUGAUCGAUGGAACUUCCAUUUCUCGGAUUAAUGUCCAAGAAGGUUCCAUGAGGAAGCUCAAAACUCUCAGUGCUUGUAAUUGUAAAAAACUGACUGAGAUAUCCGACUCGAUCAGGUACUUAAAGUCUCUCACAUAUCUUGCUUUAGACGGCUCUGAAAUCAAUACCCUCCAGGAGUCCGUUGGAUUGCUGGAGAAACUGAAGACACUGUCUCUGAAGCACUGCCGUUGGCUAUCCCGUCUUCCAGAUGGAAUAGGACACCUUAGGUCACUGCAAUUCUUAGAUUUAUCCGACACUGUGAUUCAAGAGUUACCUCCUUCUGUUAAGGAUUUGAAAGCUAUGGAAGUGCUCAGGAUGAGGGGUACUUUCAUACGGGAGUUUCCUGAAGCUAUUUUGAAUUUGGAGAAGCUGGAAGAGAUAGAUUUCUCGUUAUGCGGGAGUUUAGAGGGGAGAAUCCCCGACGACAUUUGGAGAUUGAAGUCUUUGGCAAUCCUGAACCUGUCCGACACUCGGAUUUCUGGCCUGCCCGCAAGUGUUUCCCACGUUUCUCGUUUCUGGGAUCUCGACAUCUCCAGAUGCGACAAUCUUCAGAGCGUAUCCAAGUUGCCCUGUUCGGUUAAUGUUUUUUGUGAUCUGGGUAAUUAGAUUCUAGACAAUAUUUUAAUAGCUUUUCAAUUAUCUUUUAUUGGUGAAUCAUUAGGAAAUUUAGACUA